UAACCGAGUUACUGACUGAAAUAAGGGAGGUAGCUUAACAUCAAGGCACUCCCCUUUUUCAUCAGUUACUUGCUUAUUUCUGAUCAGUUACUUGCUUAUUUCAGUUUUUCGAAUACCUCAGACGCUAUUAUUCAUCAUCGGCACGUUGACGAGUAGAUGCAAAUCAUCCUCUAAUAAUUGGGAGCACUUGUUGAUGAUAACGUUGUUGCGUCCUACUGGUCGACUGCACACGAGCGACUUUACCAAAAAGCGAUACAGCACGCAGCUCGCGUGGUAGGAGAAGAGUUGAUCGUGCCUGCCGUAGAUAUGGUUGGGAACGAAUUGCCGACCGAUGAGGAGCAAAUCGAGGAAAACCAAGGAUGGAUCGGGGGGGUGAGCGGCUCACUCAGUGAUUCUGACGAACAAGCGAAAUUUAAAGUAGUGAAUGCUCUACGCGAUGGAAUUCGAGCAGAAAUCGAUAUUACGGAUCUUGCACCAGAAGAAGAUACACGUGAUUCUACCUCUACUUCGCAAGAAGAGCAGGAUAAAGAACGUUUAGUGGGGACUAUCAUGGGUGACCGGGAAAUUGAUGAGCGGGUGGAAGAAAUGCAGAUACUUCCCAUUUCAGACGAAUUCAUCUCGGCAGUGGUACGGUAUGGCUCGAGACAGAUCUUGAUGCGAAAACAGCAGGAGCACGAAGAAGCGAAGGAGGUGAUUAACAUUAAGGGAGCGCUUGUGGAGGCAUUAUUCGCUUGGCUCGCAGAAAAACGAGCGCAGUGUCAACAUCUUGAUGCCGGAGGAGAGUAUACAAGAAGUGACUACUUUUCAUCAGGAAGAAACAACACCACAUCUCUGCCUGUGUCUCCCGCCUCGUCUUCUGCGCGGAUGAGCAAAUCGUUUAUGCACAAGAGAAGCCCGAUUCGAGCCACGCCACGGACCGUUGAUCUCAGUCCUUUAUUGGACAAACAACUCGAAAAUCCGUACGUAGUUCAGAAUUUCUUUGAAAAGGUGGCUCAUACAGUUGUUGCUUUGUGGGUUAAAAAUUUCGAAAGAGUAAGGAACAUGAAGUAGGACAAGGAGAAUUUUUUAGACAAGGAAAAUUUAUUACACUGGCUGUACUCGUAUUGAGUUCUUACAUAGCUCUACGCUAUAAUAGAAGCAAAGUAUUUUUGAACACUCACUCCAAGUAUAAGUAAGAAGAAAAAAGUAGAGGCAGAUUCUCUUGUUUGGCUUUGGAAUUUUCCUUUCUUAUUUACAUCAUACCAUUACGAGCAGCUUCUCUACGUGACGACUGCAAGCAUCUUUCUUAUGUGGAACAAGAAUUACAGGCUUGUGAAUUUGACGAUGAUAUCAACAUUGUUAUUUUCUCAUAAACAUAGAGUGAGUAGAAGAAACAUAAUGAAGGGGUGCGUCACUGUCUAUUUUCUCUACAACUGUAGUGGUCACCUGCUUCUACCCAUUAUAUUGAUACUUACUUUGCACAACAUAAAUAGAGUUAUAGAUUUCAUGCUUUCUUUUAGUCUUGGACUAUAUAUUGCCAAGGUGUCUUGAGGCGACCAUUGAUGUAGUCCUUUGUAGACUACGUCAUUGGAUUUCUACUGGGAAAAAUAUGCCAUCAUGACAUUGCAUGCACAAAUUUCUUCACGGCUUAAUGUCGUGUAAACUAUUUUUUUACAUAUUUGGCCAUUGAAUAUCAACACCACGGUAUCCGACACCGACUUCUAGGACAUGCCAUACAGGAGAUGUCCCUCACAGGAUAUGAAU